AUGCCCACCCCAACCCCCAUCCUCCUCACCGGCACCACAGGUGGCCUAGGCGCCAAAAUCCUCUCCUCCCUCCUCCACACCCACCACAUCCCACCCAACAGCAUCAUCGCCACCUCCCGCACCGCCUCCAACCGCUCGCGCUACGAGUCCCAAAACCUCCAGUUCCGCGUCGCAGACUACAACCGCCGCGCCACCCUCGAUGAAGCCUUCGCGAACGUCGAGAACCUGCUCUUCAUGUCCAGCAGCGAGCGGGACAACGAAAAGCGGAAUGCUGAGCACGCUAAUGUCAUUGAAGCGGCGAAGAAGGCUGGGGUGGGGAGGGUGUGGUAUGUGAGUCUGGCGUUUGGCAGCUUGGGUGAUGGGAGUAAGAUUGGGUUUCAGCAGGCGCAUUAUUGGACGGAGGAUCAGUUGAAGUUCUCUGGUCUCAACUUCAUCUCCCUCCGCGCAGGCUCCUACUCCGACGCCUUCCCGCUCGUCCUCAACUGGUACCCUUCCACCCGAACAGUCCUCAUGCCGAACCUCAACCCCCCAGUAACCGAGAGCAAAGUCGCCUUCGCCUCCCGCGACGAGCUCGGCGAAGCCAUGGCCACACUACUCGUCAGAGGCCUGGAGGCACUCCCGAGCGUUCAGCCAAGGACCGAGAAGAACAUCAUCUUGCUUACUGGGCCGAAAGCAGAAUCUAUCGUCGAUCUUGUGGGAGCAAUCAAUCGUGGACGCAGGACGGAUGUUGGGGUUGAGUAUCUCGAGCCGGAGGAAUGGAUUGAAGCAAGCGCGAAGGACGAUGAAGGCGGGAAAGGUCGGGCAUGGUUCGAGGCUCGUCUGGUGUUUGUGCAAGGGCUGUGCGACGGUGAUGCCGAGCUCGUUGAUCCGGCGCUGGAGACGUUGUUGGGCAGACGACCGGAGAGUGGGACUGAGACUGUUGAGAGGUUGGUGAGUGAGAAACCAGGAUACACCUGGCAUCAGAAUCACGCUCGUUGA